CGCGUGGCCCUGCCAGCCGUACAAGUAAAGCUUGACCUCCCGCCUCCUGUCUCCAGCGGUCAAAGCCUGUGAGCUUCCUGCAACCUUGCUCGCAGACAGCAAUUCCCUAGUCCUCUUUCUCCCAGGCCUUGAAGCAUCGUCCACAAUGCCUGCUGCUUCUGCUGUCCUCCGCCGGGGGUCCGCCCUCCGCUCGCUGGCCCCGGCCGUCUCGAGACAUCUGCCUCGGACUGCUGCCCGCCUCUCGUCGUCGUACCAUGCCGGGGAGCCCGGCGCCCCCGUGCUCAAGACCGACUUCCCGGGCCCCAAGGCCAAGGAGGAGCUCGCCCGCCUGCACAAUGUCUUUGACACGCGCAGCACCAACAUGCUGGCCGACUACACCAAAAGCACGGGCAACUACAUUGCCGAUCCGGACGGAAACCUCUACCUCGAUGUCUACGCCCAGAUCGCCUCCAUCCCCGUCGGCUACAACAACCCGACCUUGCGCAAGGCCGCCGAGAGCCCCGAGAUGGUCAGCGCCCUCAUCAACCGCCCCGCGCUGGGCAACUUCCCCUCCCACGACUGGGCCGAGAUCCUCGAGACGGGCAUCCUCAAGGUCGCCCCCAAGGGCCUCAACCAGGUCUUCACCGCCAUGGCCGGGUCCGAUGCCAACGAAACUGCCUACAAGGCCGCCUUCAUGUGGCGCCGCCAGAAGGAGCGCGGAGGCCCCGCCGUCGAGUUCACCGAGGCCGAGCUCGAGUCCUCCAUGAACAACCAGGCCCCAGGUGCCUCCCAGCUCUCCAUCCUCUCCUUCAAGACCGGCUUCCACGGCCGCCUCUUUGGCUCCCUCUCCACAACCCGCUCCAAGCCCAUCCACAAGAUUGACAUCCCGGCCUUUGACUGGCCGCAGGCCACCUUCCCGCUGCUCAAGUACCCUCUCGAGGAGCACGCCGAGGAGAAUGCCAAGGCCGAGGCCGACGCUCUCGCCGAGGUCGAGGACCUCAUCAAGAACUACCACAUCCCGCCCUGCGCCGUCGUCGUCGAGCCCAUCCAGUCCGAGGGCGGAGACAACCACGCCUCGCCCGAGUUCUUCCGCGGCCUCCGCGCUCUCACCAAGAAGCACGGCGUUCUCCUGAUCGUGGACGAGGUCCAGACCGGUGUUGGCGCCACGGGCAAGUUCUGGGCCCACGACCACUGGAACCUUCAGGACCCCCCGGAUAUCGUCACCUUCAGCAAGAAGGCCCAGACUGCCGGCUACUACUUUGGCGACCCGGCCCUGCGGCCCAACAAGCCCUACCGUCAGUUCAACACCUGGAUGGGUGACCCCGCCCGCGCCAUCCUCUUCCGUGCCAUCAUCCAGGAGAUUGAGCAGAACAACCUCGUCGAGAAGACGGCCAAGGUCGGCGACUACCUCUUCGGCAAGCUCGAGGCCCUUGCGGCCAAGUACCCGGGCCAAUUUGAGAACCUGCGCGGAAAGGGUCAGGGCACCUUCAUUGCCUUUGACAACCCGCACCGCGACCAGUUCCUACUCAAGGCCAAGAAGUUUGGCAUCAACAUCGGCGGCAGUGGCGCCUCGGCCGUCCGCCUUCGGCCCAUGCUCAUCUUUGAGGAGCGCCACGCAGACCUACUCCUCGAGGGCCUUGAGAAGAUUGUCACAAGCUGGGAGAAGUGAAAGAAAAUAAAAAAAAGUUAAUGGAGCUUAUGGACGUGCGGGAGGUUUCGAGGGUCCCAAGAGUGUGGAAUCAUAAAAGAAAGUCGAGGACCACCAGGCGUUUUAUUGGACAUUUGGAAUAUAGCGAGCUUGAAUUACACAUAUUAUCUACCAGCCCCC